UUUUUCAAUUUUUUUCAUUCAUAUUUUAAUUGCCCAUAAAUUUAAUUUACUAAACUCAAUUAAGUUAUAAAAUGGUCGUUGGAAAAUUAACGUCGAUUUGUCUCUCUUUUGUUUGGAACUCUAAUCGAUACGUAUAUCAUUCGAUAUAUCGUAAUUAAUUAAUUAAUGCGUUAAGAAAAGAGGCUAGAUUUUCACAAACAUCGCAUUCUCUUGACGAUAACGGUAAGUACUUCAUACAUUAACAAUGUAAUACACGUUUAUAAAUAUGUUUCUAAUUAUUUUAUUGAUAGUCAUAAUGUAUUGCGAAUUAAGCUGUAUACGCUUUAUAAUCAGCAUAAAUGCUGAUUAAUCCCUUGCCUCUUUAUCAAUCUUCAUUAAUAAUACUAAUGUUAAUAUUCAAAUUAUAAUGUUAUAAACGUGGUCGCAAUAAAUUCAAUAUUCUCACCCCACAAUUCGAUUAAGAACAAAUGGAGGAGAAGACUCACGACGAUAAGGAGCUCGCUCAGGAGGAUGAGAAAGACUACGGCGAGGAGGAUCGACCUGUAUACUACGAAUCGGAAAUUUCGUUGGUGGAAACCGAGUAUGAUACACGUGCGCUGACACGCGCCGAGGUCGGCGAGUGUCUUCACAACUUGGGGAAAUGUGUCGCGCAGCACGAGUACGCGUAUCUCAGCCUGGACGUCUCGGACAGAGGUCUCACCGAUGUCGGCGCGAUAGUCUUCUUCAGGCACGUUCGUUACGUGAACGUGUCGGGGAACAGAUUGACGUCGGAAGCGCUGCGUGCGCUCGAAGCGAUGCCUUACUUGCAAACGCUGCGGGCGGACCGAAAUCGUCUGACCAGCGCGGAAUUAAGACCGAUGCCCUACUUGCAGGUGACCCUGUCGUUCCGCCCUUGUGCAACGGGGUUUAACGGAGAGCGUCUCCGCGCUAGUAAGACGUUUUCGAAAGUGUAGGAGCUCGCUCUGAACCGGAACCAGCUGACGGACACGCGCGGCAUCGGUCACAGAUCGCUCGAGCGCCUGGAGUUGAACCACAACGACAUUCGCGCUGUGAAUCUGGAUUAUCAGAGCCUGGUGAACCUGAGGACCUUGGAGCUACGCGGCAACACGCUGGUCAGCACCACAGGAAUCUGUUGCCCUAGCCUGACGCGGCUCUUUCUGUCCGAAAACCAAAUCGAGAAGGUCGAAGGUAUCGAAACCCUAGUGAAUCUGAAGACGUUACACCUGCGACAUAACAAACUCGUGAAUCUCGACGGUUUCACCGAGCGUUGUCGCAGCUUGAGCUACGUGAAUCUACGCGAAAACAAAAUUCCGAAGAUCUCUGAGCUGAGAAAGUUAAAUUGCCUGCCGAGUCUGGAAACGCUUAUCGUACUGGGAAAUCCUCUUCUGAGAGAAGAGAUGGAAGAGGAAGAGGAGAAAGAAUAUAGAAAAAUCGUUUUGGCAAUGCUUCCAAAAUUAAAAAGAAUCGAUAAGGAUCUUGUGCUAGAACAAGAGAAAAUUGAGGCAAAGACGUUGCUCAGAAAAAUCCAGAAGGGCGAAGCCAAUUUUGAAGACUUCGAUUUGAAGGAUUGAAGAUUUAUGCCUUGAUAAUUAAACUCAAAGAAACACUUGAAUUUCUCUCUCUCUCUCUUAUUGCGAAUAUUUUCAUUACAGUCUCUUGAUUCUAGAAAAAUCAGUGUCAACUCUUUAGUUAAUUAUCGCGUUUUUGUUGUAUGUAUUUAAAAUUUUUAAUCAAUUAUUAUUUAUUUAAGAAAAAUGUUCAUUGACAUCUCUCCAUAUUUUUGUAUUAUUAAUUCAGAUAUAUUAAACAUCGCUUGCUACAAGGUUUAAUUUGAUUUACAUAAUUAAUAUAAAUAAUUUUUUAAAUUUAACUAUCGAAAAUUCAUUAAUUAAAUAUACAAUGUA